UCUUUUAUGUGGCUCAUAAUCUAUUCCAAUUGGCUAUAGCAUUAAAUUAGAUUCCUCAUUACAAAACAUUUAUUCAAGAUUUUCUUUUUAAUGCUUUCACAAACCAUCUAAACAAAUAAAGAUUUCUUUUUUUUUUUUAAUUUUUUUUUCUUCAGACAAUCUACCAGUCUUCAUCCGAGGAAAAACUGAUGAGGGUGCUUUUGUGAUUAAUUUCUUGGGAUUUACGCUGCUCUGAACACAAGCCUAAAUCUGCCGCAGCUUCUUUGUCUGUGUGGUUAAUUUUCUUUUCUUGGAAGAUGGAUUCGGUUAAACGUUCUGCUUUGACCCCAACCAAGAGUCGACUGGCCAGCACAUUCGCCAAGGUUUUCCAUGCUCGAUCCGUCAAAGGGAUAUCUCCAGACUGUGGAAUCAAAAAGACAAAAUCCCAUGGAAAGACGAAGAAAGAUCGCACCGAAAUCCCUUCUCCCGGAAACGAAGACGACAAGGAGCUGCAAAAUUGGGCAGUUAGAGAAGCUUUUCUCUCGAAACUCUUUGCCGGAAUCUCGACUAUCAAAUCCGCGUACGCCCAAUUGCAAUUCGCUCAAUCUCCCUACGACUCUGACGGGAUUCAAGCCGCAGAUCAGACGGUUGUAUCCGAGCUGACAAAUUUGUCCGAAUUAAAACAGUGCUACUUAAAGAAGCAGCUGGACGACGAGAAAUCUCCGGAGACGACUCUCCUCUUGUCUGAAAUUCAAGAACAGAGUAGCCUUCUCAAAACUUACGAGAUAACGACCAAGAAGUUGGAUUCUCAACUCAUGCUUAAGGAUUCCGAAAUCACUUUUCUUAAGGAGAAGUUGGCAGAAGCCGACAAGGAGAACAAAACCCUCGGAAAAAAGCUAAACGCAAGCGGGCCGUUAUUUAUGCCCGAUAAUAUUCAGUUAUUAUCCGAUUUAAAGCCCAGCCAUUUUAAUGCUUAUCUACGAACGGCAUUAAAAUCAAUCCGCAGCUUCGUUAAGUUGAUGAUUAGCGAAAUGGAAUCUGCUGACUGGGAUUUGGAUGCUGCUGCGAGUGCGAUCGAGCCAGGUGUCUCUUUUUGGAAACCGAAUCAUAAAUGCUUCGCGUUCGAAUCGUUCGUGUGCAAACACAUGUUCGACGGCUUCAAUUACCCGAACGAGGGGCAAGAAGAAAAAACCCGCGCCCUAUUCUUCGAGACAUUCACGGAGAUGACGAAAUACGCGGGGCCCGCAAGUGGUUACCUAGCCAAGAAACCUAAAUCGGAGUUUGCGAGAUUUUGCCGCGAGAAGUACUCAAGGCUCGUGCACCCGAAGAUGGAGGAAUCCAUUUUUGGUAAUUUGAAUCAACGAGAUUUGUUGGGGUCCGGUGAUUUUUUUCCGGAGACUUCCUUCUUCUCUGCAUUUAGUGAGAUGGCGAAACGUGUGUGGGUCCUACGCUGCAUGGCGUUGUCAUUCGACAGGGAGCUGUCUGUGUAUCAAGUGAAGAAAGGAAGUCGAUUUUCGGAAGUUUACAUGGAGAGUUUGAGUGACGAGGCUUUCUUGUUUUCCGAUAAGGACGCACCGGAGAACGAUCCUCGAGUGGCUUUCACGGUGGUGCCGGGGUUUAGGGUCGGUGAGAUUAUCAUUCAGUGUCAGGUUUAUUUAUGCUGACUAUAAUAAAAUACAUAUGGGCUACAAUUUGAACUUGGUUCUUGAUUUAGUGUUUUUUAUUUUAUUUUUAUUUAAUUUAUUUUAUGGAGAAGAAAUGUUGAUGUAGUGCAGAUAGAACAUGGGGGAGAUUUUCUUGCUGGAUUGCUUUUAUGCUUUUUCAAGGGCUCUCCCCAAUUUUGUUAAUACAUUGAUACUAACUGUACAUUGUAGCUUUCUGUUUUAAAUUUUAUAUUUUAUUUUAUUUUAUUU